AUGGCCCAGAACCUCCUCCAGGCAAACCUGAACCACGCUCGACAGGCACAAGAUUUGUUUGUCCACAGCCUGUCGGAGCGUGGUUCUGGGUUGGGGAUCGCGGCGGAGCCCUAUCGAGUGCCCAGGGAAAAUCCCAAUUGGGCAGGCGAUAGAGGAGGCUCCGUCGCGAUCCACAGGUCUCCGAGUGGCGGGUCCCCUUCCAUGACUCCGCUGGAGUCUGGGAGGGGAUAUGUUGCAGUUGAAUUCGCUGGCAUCGCCGUGGUUGGCUGUUAUGUAUCGCCUAACUGGGAUCUCGCCCACUUUGGCGGAUUCCUGGCGGAGGUGGGGGACUGCGUUGAACGCUGCGCCCCCCGCCCCGUCCUGAUCGCGGGGGACUUCAACGCAAAGUCACGCGUUUGGGGUUCCCCGCGAUCAGACGCCAGGGGCGAGACCCUGGUAGACUGGGCGGCCUCUCUGGGCCUGUGUAUACUGAACACAGGCUCGGAGGGUACCUGCAUGCGGCGAAGGGAGGAGUCAAUUGUGGAUUUGACCCUCGCUUCCCCCCAGCCGCACGCAUGGUAUCGGGGUGGAGAGUGGAGACAGGGUCGGAGACGUCCGACCAUGCGUACAUCUCCAUGA